CCGCCCCAUCACUGCGCCGGCAACAAAGAAGAGUUAACAAGGCCGGUGACGAUGAGCUAGCAGCAAGUCAGACGGAGCUGGCGCCGGCGGUCUCAUCACGAUAUAUAUACAGAGCAAAGCCAAGCUUCACCUCAGACUACCGCACGCAGCUAAGAUCACCGUGCCAUCCCGUCGCGGCAGCAGCCAGCAGAGCACGAGACGCGCCUUCUCCGAUCGCAUGGCCGGCCUCGUGUCCCGGCCGCGCCGGAGCGUGCAGAUGUACUGGGCGCGGAGGAACUACCAGCGCCUCGGCAGCGGCGGCUCGCCGUCGCGGCGCAGCCUCAGGGUGGCCCGCCUCGGCGGCGCGGCCGGGAGCAGGACGCGGGCAGCGACAGCAGGCGCCGUGCAGCACCGUCUGCGGUGGAUGGCCGGCGUGGCCAGGCUGCGCGCGGCCGCGCUGCUGUCGCCGGUGCGCCUGCUCGCGAGGCUGCGGGACGCGUACGUCGACGCGAUGCUGGCGCUGGCUGGGGGCGCCGGGCGGCCGUGCGCGGCGCUGGCGACGAAGCCCCGGGAGCAGGGCGAGUUGUGGGCGAAGCGGGUGCCCCGGGCGCGGUCGACCGCUGGCGGCGACUUCGAGCGGCGGAUGAUGGCACACAUCUACAGCGCGCUCGUCACGCCGGAGCUGCCCGGCGGCGCGGCACGGCCUAAUUAAAUCUUGGAUGUCGGGCUUAAUAAUUUGCUAGCAGCACCGGCGAUUAACGCUUCCUCGUGUUCCAUCGAUUUGCGUCCGCUGUUUUCUUUUAAUUUUUUGGAGUUUUUAUCACAUGUGCCACGUGGCUGUCCGAUGCAUAAAAUGUAUAUUAGUUCCGUGACAAAUACGUUGUACGAUCAACACAUACUUUGAUCUAUACCCCUUAAGAUGUUUAUAUGAAAAU